AUGAAUCAAGAACUUGAUAAGAAAUUCAUAGAUGAGGAGUUCCCCCCCUUGGGGACUACAGGACUGCUUCCUCCUCUGACCAUUAGGACUCCUAUGCAGAGCGGGAAGCAGGAGACUUUUUAUUGUACCCAAGACCAGCCAUCAUUGUCUCAGGGUGUGAACGGAGCUUUCUCCAACCACCAAGGAUUGUUGCAAACAGAGAAACGCCAUAUCGGGCAUGCUUGCGGUAGUGAUACCCGACGCUCAUUACUACCACUAAGGCAGACUGUCGCAACCUUGGAGCAAGGGAUCCCGUCUCCCAAUGCUAUUGAAAUGACAUAUAAAUAUAUGAAUGUCUUGAAUUCACUUGUUGCAAAACAAGAUAGGCUUGGGGAGUUUGGGUAUGUCCUGAAGCCGCUAUCACAGAGCGACUUGGAAAGGAAGAAAAAGUGUGAGAAGUGCGGAAAGUCAAUGGCAAAAUAUCUUCCCAAGGAUGGGAAGCCACUGAAGGCUGAGGGCGAUAAGCCUAGCAAUGGUUCGGGAAAUUCGGAUGGGAAUCCCGGGGGAGCUGAAGGGGAGUCGCGAGAGGUCAAGAGCGAGGUGAAAGAGAAAGGGGAGGAGAAUGACAAAAACUCGAAACCGAAAGAAAAAGUCAUUCGGUGCAAAUUUCACCCCGGAACACGGUUGCCAAACAAGCUUGUUAAGAAACGGUCAUGCUGCGGCAAGCAAAUGUGGGAGAAGCCUUGCGAUGGUGCUGAAUAUCAUCAUGCUCACCACUAUUCCCCAGGAGAACUAGCACAUCAUUGGACAUUCUAUCCAACGCCACAAAUGCCAUGUCAUUCCCCAGACAUACGAACAGCGGUUGCGAUUGAUUGUGAGAUGGGCCAGGGCGCAUCUGGAGACUCCGAGCUCAUCAGGAUUACGCUGGUAGACUACUUCUCGUCGGCCAUACUCAUUAAUAAUCUCGUCUACCCAAGUGUAAAAAUGGAGCAUUUCCGGACAAAGUUCUCCGGUGUCAGAAGAGAAGAUAUCGAAACUGCAAAGAAAAGAGGGACUUGCAUCAUGGGAAGAGACAAUGCUCGGUUAGCAGUGUGGAGGUAUGUAGGACCUAGCACUGUCGUCGUCGGGCAUUCCGCCAAAUAUGAUCUGGAAUCCCUCCGUUGGAUCCAUCACAAUAUCGUGGACACCUACAUGAUUGAAGCCCUGAUACAGAAGGAAAUUGAGAAAGAAUAUAACAAAAAGCAAUGCGCUUCUGUGAAGGACGGGCAGGUGAAUGCCGAGAAGGACAGCACAGCAUCUGAUGGGCUAUCGUCACCAUCACCCUGUCCAGCCGUGAAGUACGGUACUAGAGACGCAGGGGACAGACAACCAAAUGAGAAUGAAUUGCUGAAAUUUGACAAGGACAGCAAAUCAUCAAAGGAGUUGGAGGGCUCAGGGGUAAAUUCAAAAUUGGAUGAGACAGGGGUCAGAGGAAAGCAAGAACAACAACAGAGAAAGAAGCCGAAAGGGAUGGGCAAGCUAUCACUCAAGUCGCUUGCCAGGGAAAAACUGGGUAGGGAAAUUCAGAGCAGGGGAAACAGAGGGCAUGACAGCCUGGAGGAUGCCCUUGCAGCCAGAGAUCUGGUUCAUUGGCAUGUUUGCAAUAAUUGGAAGACGUAA